GUCGUGGUGGUGAUCGCCCUGCAAGCAUCCAGGGCUCUGUGUCAAGGCAGCACAGAGUGCCCUAGUUGGCAUGCACCGUUUUAAGGCAGGUCCGGCCCUCCCAGCAUAACCCCGCACCCAUAGCGAGUUCACAUUUGCAGCCUCGACAGCGCUGGGCGCCAGUUGGGUAUGGGGACAGCAUCGGCAGGGCUCUUCCUGGGCUCGGCUGCCUUGAGCACCGUGCAGGACACCCCAGGGAGCGCAUCACUGACCACCAGCGAGCAGCAGAUUGGGCUGAGGCUGCAGCAGGAAGAGGCAGGGGGCCAGGUACUGGUCAUCGAAGACCAGGCAGCAACACCCCUGCACCGCCUGCCACUGGAUGCCGGCAAGGUUUGGCAGGCAGGCAGCAGCGUGCUCAUGGUGCGGGGUCCCAGUGGGCUGGGCGGGCAGGGCGCCUCAGACCCCACCACCUUUGUGCUGCGAGCGUUGGACACCAGCGGUGCGGCGGCGCUUGAAGAGCUGCACAGCCAAGUGGCAGCGGCAGCAGCGCAGCGGCAGCAGGACGCAGCCCAGCCCCCCGCCGACAGCCGCCAUCAGCCUGCCGGCAGCCAGCUGCAGCAGCAGGGAGGCAACGGGGCGGGGGCGGGGGCUGGCAAGCGCAACGACAGUGCCGGGCACAGCCACUUCGAUGUGAAAACAGACAAGGGCAGCGCAGACCUGUACUUCCACUACUACGGCUGCCUGCAGCACCAGCAGAACAUGCUGCAGGACUACAUCCGCACAGGCACCUACUACGCUUCCAUCCUUGAGAAUCCAGCCGACUUCCGGGGCAAGGCGGUGAUGGAUGUGGGCUGCGGCUCCGGCAUCCUGUCCCUGUUUGCGGCGCAGGCGGGGGCGCGGGUGGUGUACGCCGUGGAGGCGUCUGACAUGGCGCACCACGCACGCCAGCUGGCGGCCGCCAACCCGGCCCUCGGCCAGCGCAUCCGCGUGCUGCACGGCAAGGUGGAGGAGGUGGAGGUGCCGGAGCAGGUGGACGUGCUGGUCAGCGAGCCGAUGGGCACCCUGCUGGUGAAUGAGCGCAUGAUUGAGAGCUACCUGUACGCCCGCGACAAGCACCUCAAGCCGGGGGGCAAGAUGUUUCCCCGACUGGGCCGCGUCCACCUGUGCGCCUUCUCGGACGAGGCGCUGUACGGCGAGGUGGCGCAGAAAGCGGCCUUCUUCCAGAGCCCCGACUUCUACGGCGUCGACCUGUCGGCCCUCCACGCCCCCGCCAACGCCGGCUACUUUGGCCAGGUGG